CCGAACCGAAACCGAACCGAUAUCCGGAUUGAACACCCCUAUUCGUUCUCGAUAUCGUAACCUAAGCCGUCUUGGAUUACCAUAUGCGGUAAAGCGCAAAAUCUCUAAAAGAUAUAUGAAAGACAACAAGGCAAUGCAUGUUUCAAAAAAAAAGGACAACAAGGCAAUGCAUGAUUCAAAAAAAAAAAAGAAGACAAAACAAGGCAAUGCCAUCAGAAGACUUCCUGCUUCUGUUUAUGAUGCUCAGCGGAGAUUCAUUAUUAAAGGAUCUGUAUCAAUAGAAGUAACUGGCACCAUUCUUGAGGCACAAGCCAUGGCUUUGAAGGAAGAUAUAUUCUAGAUGAGAAGAUUAGCAUAUUGCAAGGUAGUGUUCUGUGGUGAUUCUGUAACUCUAUAUCAAGGUCUUGAGCACACAUCUUUGAAAUAUGAUCCUCCAAAGAGUGUUAUUAUCCAAACUUACAUCUUUUUGCUAGGUCAAGGGCAGUACCAUUUUUCAGUUAAUAAGUAGACAGGCCAACUCUUUAGUGGAUAACUAGCUAAGCAAGCUAGAAACAAUAGUUCACUUUAUGUUGAUUUUUAGUUGUCAUCAAAAUUUCCUUAUAUCAAAAUUUAUAGUAUUCCGUUGAUCCAAGUAGAUAAAAUUGGCAGACAAAAGAAAAUUUUUAGUGUUUAGUAUUUGGUUGGUCCGUUCGACCCAAAAUUUGCCCUUCUUUGCAUUUUUCGAAAUGGGUUAAUUAUCUAUACUUGAUACAAAUGUGUUGCCGACAAGAAAAAGAGAGAGUUACAUGGCACAAAAGAAAUUAAAAAGACAGAGUAAACCGUACCACGAACUUUUCCAUUUCCAAUGAAAAAGAAGAAAAGCAGAGAGAGCAAUGUGACAGUGAAGGGAAUAAAAAAGGGUGAAUUGAGUGAAAUUGCCGUUUGCAUAAGAAAAGAACCAAUGCGAUGCCCUCCAUGUGCCACUCCAAAGCAAAGUAAUCGAAAGUAGAGACCACAAAAAAACUCACGAUUUCGAUCAAAACUAAAUUAAAAUAAACAAAACUACAGAUGCUUUUCUUCUGGAUCACAAUCAUAACUAUUGCACUAUACGCUAUACUUCAGCUUUUUUUUUCCUUUGAAUCUCUUUUUUAACAUGUACUCUUUGUAAAUGAGUCAUGUGGUUUUUGAUUCUAAAAUAAUUCAACUUUUCUUUUUCUACUUCUACACCCAGCUUUUAUAUAAUCAACCUCACAUGUGUGUACCCAUUUUCCCAAGUCCCUUUUAUCCAGGAUUGUUCUGAAACACAUAGAGAGAGAGAGAGAGGGAGAGAUGGGUGUUACAGGAGGACUUGUGAGAAGCAUUUUCUUCAGAAACAAAUCAUUUGGGGCUCAUGACUACAACAACAAUGGAAGAAGCAAUCUAGGAGAGAAGAAAAGAUGGAGCUCGGUAAGAUCAUACCUUUGUGGAGAUGAAUUCAACUCUGUUCUCGCUGUGGAUGACUCAGGAUCAAUAAAAGAUUCUUUAGACCCUCUUCUUACAAUGUCUAAGCAACUGAGUUCUGAUUCGGUUCUGGCUAUCCAAGAUUCAGCUUCUGUGAAACUACAUCAGGAGCAGGAGGAGGAGGAGGGCUCUGUAUCAGGUAAGAACUCAGAGGUUUCAGUAACUCAGCCUUUACACAAAGAAGAACAAAGCGAAGCAACAGAGACGCACAUACCAAAGAGGCAUCAGACUACUCUAAUCUCUAAGCUGUUCCUAGAAGAAGAUGCUGCAGUCAAAAUUCAAUCAGCAUUCAGGACUUACCUGGCAAAACGUGGGAGCAACGAAGUGGAAGAAACGUUUGAUAAGGAGGAGAGCGAGGAAUCACAAGGUAAAGUAUCCAUGGGGACAUCACUAGAAGUUCAGACAUGUAGUUCCGUGAAAGCACCUUUCCUUAGAAGAAAACGAGUAAGAACAUUACACAAGAACAACACUCAAGUUCUGAGGAUAAAGGAAGAGUGGGAUGAUAGCACAGUGAGCAGCACCAUAUCAAAGUCGAGGAUUCAAAGCAGAAUUGAAGCAAUGACAAAACGGGAGAGAGCACUUGCUUACGCAUUUUCACAGCAGGGCAUUUUGUUUAUAAAGCUAAGGAUAUGCACAAAGAAGAAGCAAGUAGAACGCAACAGUGAAGAUGAAUCAAACAUCGGUUGGAGCUGGCUAGAGCGCUGGAUGGCAACUCGUGUACCAGAGAUUGAGGCCAGAACGAACAUUCAAGAAAAUGGUACGAUGAAAAGUCAAAGAUUGGUUAGAAAGAAUAGAUCUUUUAGUAGUAGUAUAGGUGGCGAGUUGGAGAGCUGUGCCUCCAACGAUAUUCCUCUCCAAUUUGAAAGCAUAUCGGAAGAGGAAACAGAAGAGUUGCAGAGAGAAAAGAGCAAAUCUGUUCCAAGCUACAAAAACGAGAGAAGGCAUAAUAAAAGGCUUCAGGCAAGGAAAAAAGACAUGCAACAACAAACAAAGAAGGCCAAGACCGCACCCAAAAUGGGAAAUGAACACGAAGAAACCUCGCGGAAGAUAAAUAGCAGCAGCAGCUAAAGAUGGAUGAUAGUAGAGUUACCUGUAAAUCUUUGCUGUUUGUUUCUACGAAUCUGAUAACAGCAUUGUGUAAAUUGUUUGGGGGAAUCAAAUGAUAUGAGAAAUAUUCAUGUUUUCACCAAA